AUGAUUUAGCAAGAUAGCAGGUAGUCAAAGAGGACUAGGUAUUUUCAGAAAUUUUAUACUGAAGAAAUAUAUAGAUUGGCUCACGCAUAUAGUAGAGAUAAACCAUGGAUUGCAGUGUUGAUAGUAGUUAAACAAGCUUCUAUAUUCUUUUUUUCUGUUUCUACUCAAUUUAAUGAUAUAGUUAAUUCAGAUAGUAAUUUUGACUUUUUAAAACAAAAUGGAAUAGUCGGCUAUUUGGAUAAUGAUACUCUGAUGUAAAACUUAAAUUAUAUUUUAUUCUCUUUGAACGCUUGCUUGAUUGUCUACAUUUUUUUAGUUUUCUUGAGAUUUCUUUUUAAGUGCAAAUCUAUAGAGUCAAAAGAAUAAAUAAACUAGAAAUUAAAUACAAACUAUCUAAAUGAAGAAAGAGCUAAUGAUAAGAGUAGCUUAACUGAUAAGCUCUUCUCAUUUUUUAUCAUCAUAUACUAACAUUUUCUAUAUAUUCCAUCAAUAUUCUUGAGCUUACACAGAUUUAGUGAUAGCAUAACUGCUAUAGCCUUGACUAUAAUUGCAAUAUUCCUUAAUUUGAUUGUUUCUGAUGUUGAUUACAACUAUGAAAUUAAGUCUGUUAAUUAUCUGGCAAGACCUUUUUCUUACACUUACUUUUCAUUUAGAGUUAUUCCAGAAAUAUUCUUUUUUAUAGGAAUAAUAUUUUCUCCCAAAGGCCAAAGCGCAAUAUUGGCUUGCUAUUAAUUAUCUAGUGGCUUUAUUUCUUUCUUUUAUUCUGAUUAUUACAACAGGAUAUCUUAAUAUUUGAACGUCUUUAUGCAUAUCACAUUAUUCUGCUUAAGUGUAAUUAUUUAGGCUGGUAUUUCAUUCAAAUUUCCAUAAAACUUAAUUAGUCACAUGUUUAUUGUAUUUUUACCUCUUUGCUAUAAGGUUACAUAGUACACUAUACAAAAAUACUAUCAAAUUAUUGAUGAUAGCAUUUAAAUGUUAGUCUCUGAAAAAUAUAACGAGGCGAUUAAGCUAGAUAAAAUAGUAAGAAUGAAUCUAUUCAAUGAAGUGCCUGAUUCUAGAUAAAGCGAGAAAGAGGAAAUCAAAUUGAUGAAUUUAGUUUCUAAAAGCCAAUAAAACUAAUUUAAUCCUAUAUUUAAAUUUCUCGAAAGGUUUAACUUGAACUUAAAAUCAAUAUAAAAAGCUUAAGAUUUUCAACACGAAAGCAAUAAAUUCAAAAAAUAAGAAUAGUAGGUGGUUAAAAAGUAAAUUCUGCAGAUAAUUACAGAGUCAUUUAAAAAGAGCUUUAAGGAAAAAAACAGAAAAAAAGAGAGCAUCUUUUAGCAAUAACUCAAUUAUUUCGUUUUCUUAAUAGAGAUCACACAAUCUCAUAGAAUUUAUUGGAUUUAAUUUUUGCAACUGUCUAUGGCUAAAAAGCUAUCUAUCAAACAGAUCCAGUUGUUUAAUUCGAUUCAUUCAAUAUUUUUGAAGUAGAGAGCAAUUAAUAGAAAGCUUAUGGGCAGAGCUAAUCCUUUCGAUUGCUCAUAUCUUGAAGUGAUUGUUUUUGAAAAGAGAUUGGAAUAUUCCUACAACUUAUUUGACUAAGCUAUAAAAGUAAAGCUAGAAUUAUUGAACAUGAUGAAAUGCAAAGAAAUUGAAGUCACAAUGCUCGUAAAAAAAAUAGAACUAUUUUAGGAGCUAAAAGCAAGAUUAAAAAUAAAUUUAAACACAUUGUGCUUAAUGAAUGAUGAAAGUUUGGAUUUAUUAAAUAUCCAAGCUCUAUUUUUAGAGAAUUUAGCUUUUUCUGAGAAAGAUAUUAAUUUGAUGCAAAUUAACAAAUACAGAAGAAAACACUAAGCUAGAUUAAACUAAAAAUACUUAAAUUAUGAAGAAGAUUUAGUGAGCAGUACAAUUAAUAGUGAUAGAUUUGAUGAAAAAACUUGUAUAAUCUUUGCAACUUACAAAGAUUAAAGAAAUAUAUUGAUAAAUGAAGUCUCAUCUAAUUUUUAAGAUAUUUUCUAGUACACAACUAAUAAUGACGUCAAAGGACACAGCAUAGAUUCCAUAAUUCCACAUCAUUUUUAAUCCUUUCAUAACAAAUAUAUAGAAAAUUAUUUGGAGGAAGAAAUAUCUUACUGUGUUGAGGAUGAUGCCCAAGAAAUUCCUUAAAAUAGCUAAAGUUAAUAAAACGAAAAUGAAGAAGCUGAAAAUUUAGAGGUUCUAGAUAAAACCAAAAACAAUUAAUUCUAAAAGCUAGACAAGAAAUUACUUUCAUAGAACAAUUAAAAAAUUUUAACAAGAGGAUGCAGGAUGAAUAAUUAAAUCAUAUUUGCUUAGCUAAAUCCAAUUUUUAUUUUACCAGUCAGGAUCGACAUACGCAUAAACCAGAUUUAUGAAACAAAAGCGUUUGGUCUUACAGCCAAGAUUAAACAUAUUAAUGAUUAAUUCGAUUAUAUUCUAUUUGAUGAAAAAAGCUUAAAUACCAUUGGAAUGACUGAGAAAAUACAUUACACUUUAUUUCCAUAUUAAGAAUCGUUGCAGAAAAUAAAUAUCAGAAAGGUAUUUCCUUUUUUGAUUGGAACUCAAGAGACUGGUGAGAAUUCUUUAAAUAAGCACUAAAAUUAAUAAGAAGUUUAAUAAAGAGAAAAAUAUCAUAUUAAUUUAGCUUAAGGAGGCGAAGAACUUUUAAAACAAACGAGCUCAAAUAUAAUUAAAAAGAAGUAAAAAAUAAAUUUCAUUGUAAUUUAGCCUAUUGAUACUAUGAAAACCACAACAACUGCUAUUACUUCUAGCUUGAGCUUGAAAAAAUCUUAAGCAAAAAUAAAGUCUUUAAAAUAAAUGAAAACAACAGCUUAAGCCUCUUUUAAGGACUUAAAUUCUUAUAAUUUCUUUUUUGUAGAAUUGACUUUACAUAAAGUUAAAUAUACUGGCAUAGAGAAUGUUAGCUAUAUUGAAAUAUAAAAAAUGAGACAACUUAAUUUUAAUGAAUAGGCUUCUUUUAUCCUUUAGCAAGUUAAAAACCCUAAAAAAUAAACAUUUUAUCAUUAAUUAUUUUUCUAAUAUGAGCUUGAUAGAAUUAUUCAAGAGCUUGAACAAAAAGCAUUGAUAUAAAAUAUUUAAGUAAACCAUUCUCAACUCACUUCUUCACUUUAAGCAAUUAGUGCUUUAAAUCCUUUAAAUCACCAAAUUUCUAGUAACAAUCAAAUUUCAACUGCAGGAUCAUCAUUUAACAAUAUAUCAAAUUAGUAUUAGAGUAAUAACUAGGCUGCUAAAAACAAAUAAUUGAGCCUAACUAUUGAAGAUAGCUCUAAUCUUGAAAAUUUAAAACAUAAAUCUAGCAACUUGGCUGUUGAAUAGCCAAUAAUAAAAGAGCAAGAAGAAGAUGAUUACAGCCUGAUUCACAGUGAAGUUCAAUAAACUUAAAUUGACAAUAGAAAAAACUUAGAAUUUAAUUAAACAUAACCCUCUUUUUUGAUAUAAUAAAAACAAGCAGCAGGGAAUAACAAUUUAAUUUAUUAAAAUGAUCAAAGCCUCAAAACUUAAGAUCAAAUUUAAGAACUUUAUCAAUUUUAAGAUGAAUCUGCAUUUAUAAAUUAAAUGUAGAAUAGCUAAUUCCAAUACAAUCAACAAAAUAAUAAUAUUUAAAUUUUAGAUAAUAAUUAAAAUUAUUCAAGCUUAAUUGAGAAAUCAGUAAACAACGAAAUUUCAUUCAUGAAUGCUAACUAGUACACCAACUAAAAUAUAAUUAAUUAGAAUUUAAAUGAUGUGAAUAUAUCUUAUAAUAAAACCAAUGUAUAAAAUAAUAUAUCUGCAGCUGAUGUUUCUAAAUUAGAAUUAAUAUAAAAAAAUUAAAACAAUUAUUAUUCAUAUAAUUAAUCAUUAUAAAAAUAGUAAGAAAUGUUAAUGUCUCCAUCUACAUAAGCUAUAUUUUCUCCUACAUCCACUGAGAAAAUAAUGAACUUUCCUAUCAAUUCACCUCUUAAUUCAUAGUAAAAUUUCAUGAGCAAUUAAAAUUUAAAUUCAAAUAAGUUAACAACAGCUGGCUAAAUGUCAUAAAAUUUUAUUAUUAUGUCACCUCACUCCCCUCAGUAAAGUUCUUAGCAACUUGUUUUGGACUCAAAUACCAUGAAAAAUAAUAAUUUUAACAAAAAACAUUUAAAAUUUACAAGCGAUAAUUUUUUAUCACCAAAAUUACCUGAAGAAACAGAAAACUAAAUAAUUAAAUCUGAUAUUUUCAACAAACUUUCACCUGAUUCUAAGUAAGUAGCCUAAAAAAACACUUAUGACAACAAAAUCAUAAAUGAGUAAUUUAACGAAAACUAUAUGAAUUUAAAUGCUCCUAGACAAACUGAUCAAAAAGAAAAAUAUAAUAAUAAUAUUUAUAACCCUCAGAUUGUUAAGAAAGCGUAAGGAAAUCUUAGCUUAAGUUCACCAUCUGGUGAAAAUUAUUAUUAGUAUGCCAAAAAAGAAGACAAACUCACAAAGAAGUAGAAAGUUUAAGAUAUUUAGUAUGAUAUUGCGUCUACUAACUCUAAAGACUCCAGCUCAGCUUCUGCAAAGAGGUAGCUUUAGCAAAUCAUGGCUGAUAAAUCCAUUCUUUAAGUUAUUAAGGGAAUGAACUUAAUUGGAAUAGUAUGUUUUGCAACUAUGAUUUCAAUUACAUGGGUUUAAUAUACUCAAAUGUAUUAAAAUUUAUCUUCUUCAAAUUAAGAUUACUAAGUGUUUGACUUCCCUACAAAAUACCAAUCAAGCUUAAGUGAAGUUCUUAAAUAUUAAAAUACACUUUAUCUUUUAAAAUAUUCAACUCAGUUAAAGUUUGAUUCUCCUGCUGCAAAGUAAUUAUUUUAAAAUACAACUACUCUUAAUAAGUGGGGAACAUUUAAUGUGAUAAAUUAAAUGAUAAUUGAGAUGUAAAGGGCAAGCAUUGAAAGGAAAGUUUUUGUUUUGAUGAGAGAAACAUAUUUCUUAUUUUCUAUUGGAUAGUAUUAUAAUACAUCUUAGUUAACUGGUACAUCAUCAAUCCCUUCUUAACUGGUAGCUAUAAAUUAUAAUUCAUCACUAUCAUAUGGUCUGACUAUGGCAUAUUAGCAUGUAUUCCGUUAUAUUAACAACUUGGGUAAUGGAAGACCAGAGUAUUAUUUGAUAGACAAUCAACUUAAAGAAAUAGAAAAAUUAAAAAGCGUUCAAAAUGAAAUGCUAACCUAGCAACAAGAUAAAUAGAAUUAAAUUUAAAACUAACUAACAGUGCUUAUGGUGGUGAUAAUAGUAAUCAAUGCUGGAUGUUUAGGAAUAAUAAUACCUCUUUAUUAUCACAUUUAGAAGGAAAGAGAUAUCAUUUUGUAGCUAUUUGCAACAUUUUCUACUUAAAAGAUAGAUUUUCUUAUUAAAAAAAUACAAAAAUCAUAUUUUAGUUUUAAAACUUAGUCACUCUACUCAACUAAAAAUAGUUAGUCCCUGAAGCAAACAGUAGUCUAAUUCCAAGCAAUGAAUAACGAAAAAGAUCUAAGAAAAUAAAACAUAAGCACAAUGACUAAAUUACCGAGAUUUAAUUUGAAAAUUAAUAUAUCAACACUUUUAAUAUUUGUAGUUAUUAUUUGCUAUCCAAUAAUUAAUAAAAUUGUUACUCAAGACUACCUAGACAAAUCCAUCUUAGAUUUAUAAACUAUGAUGAAAGUUUACCUUCUGAGAUCAUAUCUGCUUGAAAAUAUUGGUAUGGACUUCAAUAUUUUAGUAAUGAAAAUUAACCCAACACUUAAGCCGAUGUCUCCUACUAUUUACUAUGAUUAUUUAAACAAUUUAAUUUAGCAGCAACAAUAAAUUAAUGAUGACAUAUAAUGGAUUGUAAACUCUUAAUUUUAGGAUAAAAGAUAUAAUUAAGAUCUCUAUAGUAGUUUUUUCUUUAGUGCUUUCAAAUCUAAUUUAUGUGAACUGUUUGAUAAAUAUCCUCAAUUUAAUACAAAUUCUACCAAGAUAGACACUAAAAUUUGUUAAGGUACUCAAUAAGGUUUCUUGAUGUAAGGACUGUAAGUAGCUUAUAAACACUCUCUAUAAUUAUUCCCUUAAUUAUAUAAUAUAUUUAACUUAGCUGAUACAAAUUAAUCGUUAAUUUAAGUUUAAGCUUUUCUCUCUGCUUUUAACAUAUAAGACUAUACUAUUUAUACAGAGUUUUUGGAUGAAACCAUAAUCAGCUUAAAUUAAUUUAUUAUUACAUAAGGUAACAAUUUCUACAAUUAAAUUAUUUUAUUUUAAACAAUCUUAAUUUCCAUACAAAUGGUUAUUAUGGUUUUAGUCUUUUUGCUUGGUUGGCUUUCAUUCAGUAGGCAUUUAAACGAUUCGUUACAUCAAACAAAAAACUAUUUAUAAAUAUUGGACAUAAAUACUUUAAUAGAAAACACUUAUAUAUUAACUUAUAUAAAGAAAAAUACUAUUAUUUGA